CCACUUUGUACCCCAGUUCCCAAUCCAAUCCGAACUUGCCAGCUCAGAGCUCAAAACACAAUCUAUACAAUGCGCAUUACUGCCGCUCCGUCGCGUCGAUCGGCAGCAGCAUCAUCGUCUUGCACUGUUUCUUCAAUGCCCAUCCACACACUCGCUACACUGGCUGCACUGGCUGCUCUGAUGGUGACCAGCUUGGUGAUUGCCCCAGUUCAAGCAGCAGACGACCCGCUCGGGAACCUGUUCGCCACGCUCAUGAACGCGGGAGGCACGCCGGGCGUCGGCGAUGGCUCGUGCAAGCACCAGUGCCCCAGUGGCGCAGCGCCGUUGCCAAAGCAGGGCCACAAGCCGACCUCGAAUGGCUGCGGGCCAGCGAGUUUGCCAAUCCGCGCCGAGGACAUGAAGUUCCCGUUCACGCCGUGCUGCGACGAGCACGACUACUGCUACCACACGUGCAACUCUGUGCGCGACACGUGCGACUCGGAUUUCGGAAAGUGCCUGAGCCAGGUCUGUGACCGCGUCGACAACGACCAGGACCGAACCGCCUGCGACGCCUCCAAGGACUUUUUCCUGUUUAGCACCUCGGGCUUUGGCUGCAGCUCCUUCUUGGCAUCGCAGCAGGACGCGUGUACCUGCCCCGGAGGCGAGCGUGGCAUUGGCGAUCAGUCGGCCUCGUCCGGUCGGCGCGCGCGCGGAUCGAGCCGGUCGUCUGGCCUGGGUUCCGGUUCCGGCAGCAGCAAGGCGUCGCGCGCAGACACCCUCGAGCGCCAGGCCAGCCAAGAGACCGAUCCGACCAAGAAGAACAGGCUCUUGCGACAGGCGCGAGCAUUGCGGAAGGAGAUUGAUGGCGAGUUGUAACAACAUGAACACGAAAAGCACAAGCAAUGUGAGAUUUUCCACGCUGG